AGUUUGACGCACAUCAAACGUCACUUUUGUUGCGAGCCGAAGCGGACCGCAUAGAAAAUAAAACCGCCUAAACGUUGAAGCCAAAUGAGCUGAAACUGGUAAAAAUACAGAAUUUAACUGCACGCUUGUGGUCGAAUGGUUGUGCCGGAUUUGGAGGUUAUGGUGAAUUGGUAAGCGGAAGCAAGGAAAGUUUGUUUUUCAUACCCAACCCAGCAGCGCAGCGGAACGAUCGAAGAUGGAUUUUAACGCACUAUUGCAGCAAGCCCAAAAGCUGACCCAUGAAACGCAAGUUUCCGAUGAUUUGCCUCGAGUCGAGCGCACCUUGCCGCAGGUGCUGCAAGCAACGCAGGAACUGCACUCGCGCGUAACGCAAACGGGUGCUCAGGACAUGCAGGCCCAUAUCCUGCUAGGAUCGAAUGGGAUUGAUUUGCCGAAAAUAUCGCAAAAGCUGGAAACGCUCAGCUCGCGUAAAACCUUCGAGCCGCUGGAUCCCAUCGCUACGACGGACGUACAGAAUUUCCUACGCAACGAGAAGGAAAAUGCUAUCCUCGCUGUGAUUGAGGAGGUGCACAAGAAUUCCUACCUGUCCGCUGAAACGCAGAAAUGGGACCACAUGAUGAACGACUGGAAGCAGGAAAAGGUCAAGCUAAUGAAUGCGUUGAUCGGUCCAUCGCAGAGCUGGAUUGACAUCCGCAAGGGACCGGAGCAGACCAUCCUGAACGAAACCACGUUCGGCGGCCGAUCUUCACUGAACAGCCAGGAGAUGGCGUAUGCCCGAGAAGUGCACGAGUACAACAAAUUGGUGUGUGAGGGGGCCAUGCGUCCGUCGCUAAUACAACGCUUUGCCCAGGUGGCGGAAAGUUUCAACGAUUCGCGUGUGAACGAUGUAUGGGAGGUGAUGAAGUACAUGACGAACGUAACACCCAUCCCCCGCAGUCAGGAUCCGAUGAAAGUGCGCUGCUCGCAGCAUCUGUUCAUCAACCAAGCGAAACGCUACCUCGAGAACCGCUACAAGAUUUUCAUGCAAACCGUCAUCUCGGAGCAUCUGCGUGAAGCACGCCGUGGCGGCAUACCGAGUGUGCUCAAUUUGGUCGGCUCGUUCGUCGGGCUGAAGCUGGCCACCCACGGCCUCAACUCGUCCUUUAUCGGUCUGCAGGACGGGCAGGUGGAUGGUAAGCCGCUGUGGCCGAUGGUGUACUAUUGCCUGCGCUGCGGAGACAUCGCUUCCGCGCUGAAGUGCAUGCAGAUGGCGGGACAAGGGCACGAGGAUUUGAUUGCCGUGCUGGAGGAAAAGUGUCACAAUCCGGAGCAGAAAACCAAUCCCCGCCUGGAGCUGCAGAUACGCAUGCAGUACAAGCGGCAAAUACGCAAUGCGACCGAUCCGUACAAAAGGGCGGUGUACUGCAUCGUGGGCUGCUGCGACAUCCAGGAACCGCACGCGGACAUUGCCAAAACGACGGACGACUUUCUGUGGAUCCAGCUGUCGCUGAUCCGUACCGACGGCGAUGACAGUGCCGAGCAUCUGACCUGCUCCGGGCUGCAGAGCAUGAUCCUGGAGCAGUACGGCGAGAAGCACUACAACGCGAACGAGCAGCCCCAUCUGUACUUCCAGCUGCUGGCGCUCACUGGGCAGUACGAGGCCGGCAUCGAGUUUUUGUCCCGCUUCGAGAAGUACCGGGUGCACGCCGUCCACAUCGGGCUGGCGCUGAACGAGCUGCACAUGAUCGGUGGACCGCGCAAUCUGCAGGAACCGCUGCUGUCGGUUGACUUUGAGGAUCCACACCCGAUGCGCCGGUUAAACAUUGCCCGUCUGAUAAUGCUGUACGUGAAAAAGUUUGAAAUCACCGACCCACCGGAAGCGUUGCACUAUUUCUACUUUUUGCGCAAUCUGAAGGACAGCGAGGGGCGCAAUCUGUUCCUGGUCAGUGUGGCCGAUCUUGCCAUCGAGUGCCGGGACUUUGAUCUGCUGUUUGGCCGCAUGCAGCGCGAUGGCAUGCGCUCGCGUGGCUUGAUCGACCAGUUCGAGACGGUGCACAUCGACGCGCGCACCGUGUGCGAAAUGGUUGCGGAGAAGUUCGUCAAGAAGGGCAUGUUUGAGGAUGCGAUCAAGAUGUUCGAUCUGGCCUCUCAGCAGGAGCAGGCCCUGCGCUAUACCUCCAUACUGCUGUCCCAGGUGGUGCAUCACGCCAACAAGGAAGGUUCGCUGCGGGAGCGCGUUCAACGGAUGGCACACGAGUUUACCGAACGGUACACCGGGGCAGAGAAGAACUGCGACUCGCAGACGUGGUCCACGUUCAAUCUGCUGAAGGAGCUGGCUGCGUUCUUCGAUUACUACCACGGCAAAAACCAUCAAUCCGCGAUGGACAUUCUCGAACGCAUCAAGCUGGUUCCGCUGCGCAUGUCCGAUCUGGACGUGGCGGUGAACAACUUUAAGCGUUUGUCCGGUGAAGUUUGUAAAGCCAUUCCCGACCUGCUGCUCGCUACGAUGGACAUUGCCUACACGAAGUACAAGACGAUGAAGGGCAAGGAUGUGGCCAAGUUCGACGAUCUUGGCAAAAAGAACCAACUAAGCUAUCUGCGCGAGCAAGCAAAGGCCCUGACCAACAUGGCCGCGAUGGUGCCGUACCGUAUGCCCGGCGAUACCAACAGUAGGCUCAUUCAAACGGAAAUCCUCAUGCACUGAGGGCGCCCCCACUGUCUAAAACCCUUCUAUCUUUUAAGCUAAACGUGUUCUUCGUACACUUACAAUGCAAAUCGAAAAUAAAUGCGUAAACCUGUUGGAUAAA